AUCCCUCUAGCCUGAUGUAAGAAAACUCGCCUCCGAGUAUAAACACCGAAGCACAGGCCCAUCAAAGCCAAAGCCGAUAGCUCAGGCCCUGUCAAAACAGCUCAUUAGCGACCCAAAAACGGCAUCCCCGCCCACCUUCAAAGCAUCUCCACCCAAUCCGCCCCAAGCUCCUUGCAUGUUGGUGGGCUGUGCUUCCGUCAUCCGGCAACACAAACAACAGUCGUCCUUCCUCGUCACCCACGUCGAGCCUUUUUGCCCUACCGUCCAUACCCGGAUCCGGGCCCUGAUACCUCCAUCCGAGGAGUUCAACCGCAACGUCAGGAUCUUGCACCCAAAACGAAGGGGGGGAAGAAAACAAGGAAAAAGAAGAAAUGGCAUCGAGCUCGGGCGGCAGGCAGGCCCUGACGCACUUCCUGGCGAUACCGCUCGCCGCCUCGCCGGCGGCGCGGGCGCAGCUGUCCCGGUCCGUGGCGGCGUUCCGCGCCGACGCCACGGCGCCGCACGCCUCGGGCGGCUUCGGCUUCCCCGCCGACGCGGUGCGGCCGCCCGGCACGCUGCACCUCACCCUCGGCGUCAUGAGCCUAUCCGGAGGAGGAGGAGGGGAAGGGGAGGAGGGUGGGGGCGGCGGGUCGUUGGCAAAAGCCGUCGCGCUGCUGCGGUCCCUCGAGCUGAAGGAGAUGCUGGCGGCCGCCAGGGCUGGUGGUGGUGGUGGUGGUGGUGGUGCUGGGGAGGAAGGGCCGCUGGUGGUGCGGCUGCGCGGGCUAAGGACGAUGCGGGACGGCGACGCGGCGCGCGCGGCCGUCAUGUACGCGGCGCCCGGGCCGGAGCAGCCGCUGGGGCGGUUCUGCGAGGGCGUGCUGGCGGCGUUUGUGCGGGAGGGCUUGGUGCGGGACGAAGGGCGGCCGCUGCUGCUGCAUGCUACGGUCGUGAAUACGGUCUACUGUAAGGGGUCGGGGAAGAGGGGAGGGGGUAGGGGUGGGAAGCGAGGAGGAGGAGGAGGAGGGGGCAGGAUGACGCUGGACGCGCGCGGGGCGUUGGAGCGGUACGCGGACUACGACUGGGCCGGGGGCGCCGACAUCGUGUUGGAUCGGCUGGCAAUCUACAGGUUCGGGGCCAAGGGGGUGAGGAGGGACAAUGGCGGCGGGGAGGGGAUGGAGGAGGAUGCCGCGUAUGAGGUUGUUGCUGAGGUUGAGAUAUGAGGGCGGACAGGAACACAGGACAUGGUUUGGACGUUUGCAGAUCAACAUCACGUUCUAUUUUACAUUCUGCCUAGGUAUCGAGAGGACUAUCGACCAAUCGGGGUAGAAUCAAGUGUACUUUUGGGCUCAAUGUCAACACCAUGAUCAACAUGAAGUCUGGCGUGGAUAUCAC